ACCAAGCUGAAACCAGGUCGGGGACACUAGGGAUCAGAGGCCCAGGCAGAGCCAAAGGCAAGACGAAGGUCCCUGGGGACAGCAACCUCUGCACCAGUAUGUCUGCAGAAGCCCAGGACACAGACAACAGCAUAGAGAACAAAGCACGGAAGCUCUUCAAAAAGCACAAGGUGGCGAUUUCACAUAAGAUAAAAGAUUCAUUUCCUUUCUUUGAACUUCUCCAUGACCAUGACUUCAUCACCAGUGAAAUGUAUGAUGUGUCUAAAGAAACUUUUAAAAAAGGUCAAAACGUUGAAGAAGUCGUAUACAAUGUUCUCACUGAAGUGCAGAGGAAAUUUGAACCAUCCCUUCUGAAAAUAUUGUUCGACGAGUUCACCUUGAAAAGAAACCCUGAUUUAAAGCAUAUUUAUGAAAUCUUCAAAAAUGAGAUACCAGACAAAAAACUUUUUCCAGAAAAUUAUGCACAAGAAAAUGAGGAGAGGCCUGAUACCCAAUCAAGAUUUGAACAAGGACCUGGUGAGAACCCAUAUCCAAGCCUGCCCUGGAACAGCCCACAUCCCUCAGAUCACAAUGCUCCACAUGAUAAAGAACUCUCCGAGAAUCUGUCUGAAAUAGAAGAGAUCAUUGCAAUGGAAACAGGUACAACCAGUAACAACAACGAUGCCCUAGAAAGCCGACAAGCAAAUGAACAAUGUGCCCGGGUGUCUGAGCCAGCAGGAGCAGAGCUACACAAUCAUGGAAUCCCAGUGAAUUCCUGCCCUAUAGUGCCAGUGGACAUAAUGAAGGAAAAGUCAUUUUUUAAUUCAGGAGGUGAAUGGGAAGCCCGAGCAAAGAGUGGUUGUAACCAGGAGUCUGACAUAAUAGAGAUCAGCAGCGUGGACUCCCUGGAACACAGAAACAGAGAAGAGCCCCGAGAAGCGUCCACCUCAGCACUGAAAAGGAAAUUGGGUACUGUCGAUUCUGAAACCAGCUCUACUUCAGAAAAGACCAAGAGGAAAAGAAAGUCAGGAAAGCACAAAGAAGACAAUGUGGAUAUGGAGGCUGAAAUACUUCCUGUGAUAUGUGGGGAGAUGAGGGGGCUGUUAAUUAAGAGGAAAUUUGAACAAGGAGCCACAAGGAAGUGCAUAAGAACUGCAGAUGGAAACUGGCUCACCCCCAGGGAAUUUGAAGUCAGAGGAGGCUACGAAAAAGCAAGUAACUGGAAGACCAGCCUGACGUGCGGUGGAAAAACCCUAAAACGGCUGAUGGAGGAAGACAAAGUACCUACACCUCCAACAACAUGUGGCAGGAGCAAAAAGGGGGGAAACUCAGACAAAUGCAAGAUCUGCCAGGAUGGAGCAAAGCUCUUCCCCUGUGAAAAAUGUCGGAACUUCUUUCAUGAGAACUGUCACCUCCCACCUGUGGACACUAAGAGGAACGGUUGGCGUUGUACCUCCUGUACAAUAGACAGUCUACCAAAAAGCCAGCAGCAUUACAGGGAAUCUGAGGUCCUGGAGAGACAGAUGGAGCCUCAGGAGAAGUUGAAAUGUGCAUUCCUCCUCUUAAAGUUAUAUGGCCCUUUAGAGAAUGGCAUUUUCCUGAAAAUUCCUGAAAAUGAAAAUUAUGUUGAAAAGGCUUCUCAAUGCCUAGAGAGACUUAGGAUGUUGGACAAAGUCAAGAAGAGUCUAAAUGAGGGAGACUACACCAAAGUGGAAGAUUUUGUGCAGGCCAUGCACACCCUGUUCCAGGACCCCAAGUGCAACAACUCAGAGCUAACAGAGGAAGAAUUUAAGAAGAAUUUCAAAGAGGUCUUCACUAUUCAGGAAACUAAUUAGAACAGUUCACUGGUGUAGUGGGUGCUGUUGGGACCCUGAAAAGUCCCACUUUCAGGCAGAUUUCUUAUCCCCCUGCUGCGAUGAGGGUUGGCUGCCAAUGCCACCUUUCCCCAGGGUAUUGCCUUGGGCAAGUGGAGCCCUAGCCACCUGAACAUUACACCUCUUUGGCCUGGGGGGUUGGUCCCCACCCCCCAAGUUGAACCAACCAUGUACAGUGAUUGUGUUUCCACGCCCCCAGGGACUCAAGCUAGAGCUAUUGUCCAGCUGUGGGCGUGUCCUUGCUUAGCUUCCCCCUCCACGGUAUCCCGCUUCCCUUACCCUCCUCCUUCUGAGAGCAUUCUCAAAAUAAACCACUUAUUUAAGAGACUUUA